AUGAACCGGUUCUUGGACCGUGAUGGAUCUUUCAGGACUGAGUCUCAGGUCAUCUCUCCCAAUCGUCCUCGCACGCUGCAACCGUCGUUCGGCGUUUGCCCUACAUCGUCUCGGUCGUCUCCGUCAGGUAAAUUCUCUCACCUCUCACUUCACAGUCUCACCUCGUCUCUCUAA